AUGGAAAGUUCUCUCAACGGUCCUUUGAGAUCUAAUAGUAGUCUGUUCAGACAACAACAUCGUCAGAGCUUGAAUCUUGGCUACAAUAACCUUUCGGGUAUCCUACCAGAUUCCAUCGGCAACUUCAAAUAUUUGAGUGUUUUGGCUUGUGGUAGUUGCAAUUUCCAUGGAAAUUACCUUCUGAUAAUGAUUUCACUAGUGAAGGACCGGAUUCGAUGGUACUAA